UGAGCAUGACCCUGAGCCCCCUCAUAAAGCGGCGGCACCCCGAUCGGGAAAUGCGCAUUCGCGGCCUAAAAUCUGGUACAUACAGAGUAUCAUGCCAAAAACAACUCCGCAGUGUGAUCAUGUCUCUAUCUGCUCUUCAUCCUCCUCUCACUCGACUCUAGCAGGGUUCAAAAGACCAGGGCACCGUCAACGCCUCACCGCCACCAGAGCAGACAACCGAGUAUUUCCAAGAGAAGACAAACUAUUCCUCGAAGAAGGCACCAACACCUUUCCUGCCCCCCUGGUGUUACCAGGAGAUGAUCUCGCAGGGGACCCAGAGGAUCCACAAACCUUCCAAGACUGGCUGAAUGGCGAACACCGCAAUCCAAUAACACCAAAACGGAAGACCAUCUACGUAGUUCAAUCGCCUCAAAUCAAUAAGGAAGUAGACUUCAUACAGACAUGGACAACACCGACAUGUCCAGACGCCGAACCUCAUCACAAGCCCCCUAGAGCGAAAGAUGUCCAAGACUACCUAAGUGCCUUCUACCACGGUCUCCCAGUGAGAACAAUACCGCCAUUGACGGUAGAAUUUCUGCCAUGGGAAGAAGCCAAACCAAAUCCCGAUUCCCGGAAGACAGACCUACAAUACGUGGGCCUCAGAAUCGACAAUGAAUGCAUCCGGAUUCGCGCACGCACUCUACCAAACGGGAUAUACAGGGGCCAAGUCAAUCUAGACGAUCUCCUCGACGCUGCUAUCAGCCUUCUUCCAAAAGAUGCCUAUGCCCUCCUAAUGCUCGUUGAUUUCGACCUAUACGAAGAUGAGGACGACGAGUUCGUGUGCGGGCGUGCAUACGGAGGUAGUCGGGUUGCAGUCGUGUCUAGUGCAAGAUACAACCCAGUUCUGGAUCGUAUCCAGGGGGUCGAACGUCUCCAUGCGUGGCCCGCGUCGCAUUGCGAGAAGUACAUGUCUGCUUGUUGCGCGGCUGAGCCAGCGAGCAAGAAGCAGAAAAGGAUACCGGUCAAUGGCCGGGGUUUGCAAAAGUCGGUGGUGCUGGAUGGGCCUUUGAAGGAGGCUGUUUCGGUGUACCGCUCAUUGCCCGAAGUAGGUAUUUCAACUCCGUUGAUGUCUGCUCUUUGGCUGGGAAGGGUUUGUCGGACUGCGAGUCAUGAGCUGGGUCAUUGCUUUGGUAUUUCCCAUUGUGUGUAUUAUGCAUGUUCGAUGCAGGGUACUGCGUCUAUCUGUGAAGAUGCGAGACAGCCGCCGUAUCUGUGUCCGGUGGACUUGGCUAAGGUGCUCUCUGCCACUUCUACGACUGCUUCGGAGCGGUAUCGGGCUCUUUUGGCUUUUUGUGAACGGUCGAGUCAUGGUGAUACCCAUUUAUUUGGACCGUUUGCUGCUUGGAUCAGAUGUAGACUGGAUCUGGUUGGGGAUUCGAUUUAG